CAUAAUGUUUAAGUAACAAAAAUCAAGUCUUCUCGGAAUCUCCCUUGUGGUAUGUAGAAAUUCCAAAGGUCAAUAUCUCACUAUUUUGGAAAACGGCGAUCAAGGAUGGUGGUUACCUGGAGGUUUAGUAGAUCCUCCCGAAACCUUCGAAUAGGCUGCCAUCAGGGAAACCAAAGAAGAAGCAUCAAUAGACGUUGUUCUCAAAGGCAUUCUAAGAGUCGAAAAUUCAUUGAAGCCAGAUCAAAAUCAUCUUCGAGUCCGAUUGGUAUAUUAUGCAGAACCCAUUGAUGAGAAACAAAUACCAAAACAAAAACCUGAUAGAGGUAUGUGAGUUAUUUCUAUCUCUAAGAAACCCAAUAAGCCAGAUGGGUAGACUAUAAAGACUUGCCAUCUUAUGCAUAAAUUGGUCCAGGAUGGAGAGGAAAAGAAUUAUUGGAAUGGUCAAAGUACAUUGAAAAUGGAGGAGUCAUUAUGCCCUUAACGUUCUUUGCUAAUGAAGGGUUAAUUCCUAUUAUCGAAAAGGCUCAUUAUAAAGCAGAAUUACCACUCAGCAAAUAAAAAUGAUUAACUUAAAAUACAUCAG